AUCAAGUUUUUGUUGCUACUGCUAAAAAAAUGCUUCAACAUUUAGUUUUAUGAUUAUAUUUCAGAGUUCAUUCAAAUAAUACAUUCAUAAGGCUUUAAUUCAUUAUACUUUGACAAAAUGUAAUUUUACACAUGUUUAAAUCUAAACCUUAUAUCUGCCUGUUUGUUUACUUUUAGACUUAUGUUCAUUUCGGUGUGACGUCACACAUAUAAAGAUAUAUUUCCAACAGAUAAACUAAAGAUGCUUCUGAGCAGUUUGUAGAGACAGCGGCCGCGCAUGCGCAGCUCCGCCUGUCCUCCUGCAGCUGACCGUCACAGACCAGUCUUCCCAGUGCCACAGUCACAUCCUGGACUGGGCGGUGAAAUAAAGAGCAGGCGGGAAGCGAUGGCCGCUGUUUUCGGGAAGAUCUUCGUGGGUGUUUAUGUGGAGAUCAAACGGAGCGACGGAAGAAUACACCAGGCCAUGGUCACAUCGCUGCAUGAAGACAAUGAGAGUGUGACCGUGGAGUGGAUUGAGAAUGGAGAUACCAAAGGGAAAGAGAUCGAUCUGGAGAGCGUCUUUGCUUUGAAUCCAGAUGUGGCUCCUGAUGAUGAGAUCCCACAGAGUCCUGAAACUCCUCUCGCUCCAUCUGGUGACGCCAAACCCAGCAAAGUGCCAAAGACCCGACGAAGCACAGCAAUACCCAAACCUGAAAAUUCUUUCCGGGAGAACAGAGCACGAAGGAAGUCCAACUGUGUGAAGGAAGUGGAGAAACUGCAAGAAAAACGUGAGAAGAGACGACUUCAGCAGCAAGAGCUCAGAGAGAAGAAGGCUCAGGAGGUGGAUGUUAAUUUACCCAACUAUGAGAUUAUGUGUAUGAUCCGAGACUUCAGAGCUAGUCUGGACUACAGACCUUUAACAUCGAAUGAUGUGAUUGAGGAGCACAGAAUAUGUGUGUGCGUCCGGGCACGUCCACUCAAUAAAAAAGAGUUGUCAGUGAAGGAUCUGGAUGUCAUCACCAUUCCUAGUAAAGACGUGGUCAUGGUCCAUGAGCCAAAGCAGAAAGUCGACCUGACUCGUUACCUGGAAAACCAGACGUUCCGAUUUGAUUAUGCAUUUGAUGAGAACUCAACAAAUGAAAUGGUUUACAGGUUCACGGCUCACCCGCUUGUUGAAACCAUAUUUGAGCGAGGAAUGGCAACCUGCUUUGCAUACGGACAAACAGGAAGUGGAAAAACACACACAAUGGGAGGAGAUUUUUCAGGAAAAAAUCAGGACUGCUCAAAGGGGAUCUAUGCUCUGUCUGCCAGAGAUGUUUUUCUUAUGCUGAAGAAACCGACAUAUAAGAAGUUGGAUCUGCAAGUGUUUGCCACGUUCUUUGAGAUAUAUAGUGGAAAGGUGUUUGAUUUGCUGAACCGUAAAGCUAAGCUCCGGGUCCUGGAGGAUGGUAAGCAACAGGUGCAGGUGGUGGGGCUGCAGGAGAGAGAAGUGAAAUGCACUGAGGAUGUCCUGAAACUUAUUGAAAUGGGGAACAGCUGCAGGACUUCUGGGCAGACGUCUGCAAACGCUCACUCCUCUCGGAGCCACGCUGUGUUCCAGAUCAUUCUGCGCCGGCGGGGGAAGCUGCAUGGAAAAUUCUCCCUAAUUGAUCUGGCAGGAAAUGAGCGAGGGGCGGACACAUCAAGUGCAGACCGACAGACUCGACUGGAAGGGGCAGAGAUCAACAAGAGUUUGUUGGCACUCAAGGAAUGCAUCCGAGCUCUUGGCAGAAACAAACCUCACACUCCCUUCAGAGCCAGCAAGUUAACUCAAGUGUUGAGGGACUCCUUCAUAGGAGAAAACUCCAGAACAUGUAUGAUUGCGACCAUCUCUCCUGGAAUGGCGUCUUGUGAAAAUACACUCAAUACUCUGAGAUAUGCCAACAGAGUAAAGGAGUUUGGAAUAAGCCCGUCCGACAUUCCCUUCUCUCAAAGUGCAGGCGGUGGAGGUCACUCAGAAGUCUCUCCUACAUAUGA